CCCCUCUCUGUCCCUCUCCAUCAUCUCUCCCUCUGUCCCCUAGUAGCUUCUCCCCCACAGGUGGCAAGGGCGGCAGUGCCCAGCUCUGGGCACUCCCAUCCUCUGAGCUCGGCCCUCUCAGGUGGAAGGAAGUUCCCAUCACAGUGGUUCUUGCCCAUGUCAGGCUCUCACUUUACUGGUCACGUGACCAGGGUAGAUCUAUGUUUGUGGGACCUGAGGCUUUCAGGGGUUAAACCAAAAUAAAUAUCUCACCAACUCAGUCUCUUCUUAGUUCAGGUCCAGACAUGCCUAUAUUUCCCCACUAUUGCCUGACACAGCGACAGGACAUCAGAAUGGAUAGAGACGACAAUCUUAAUGGAUUGAGGAUGAAAUGCCUAAUUUAGAAAAUGUUCCAAAUACAAACACAUACGAACACAUGAACACCUUGCAAAGACCCGUUCUGACUUGGAAAGGACCUCUGCAGGUGAGAGGGCCCAGAAGCUUAGCUCCAUUAGCUUCUCCAUGAACUCUCCGUUCAUACUGACCUAGGACCUGCCAGACGGCCUUCAGGAUGAAACAGGUCGGGUCAGGUGGAGAUACUAAGUGCAACGUGACCCUGGGGUGGGAUCAGUCUCCAUAAACUGCAUAGGCUGAAAGGGGGGUGAGUGGCUCUGCGGAGGAAAGCCAGAUGCUGUUAUCCAAAGAGGGAGGAGAGUCGCUGAACAGGCAGGAACAGGUGUCAGCUACUGUGGUCUGAACAGAGUGGAGAGGCCAGCGGUUGAAGAGUUGGGAAACCGGGAUUUCGUUCUCUUUGUUCCACAACUUCUGGGUUCCAGUCCUGAUUCUGCUGCUUGACCAUUGUUUCAUUUUGAUGAUGUCGCUGAUGAUGUAGCACCUUUAGUGUGAUAGACACUGCAUUUUAUAUCUCUAUCUAUAUCUAUCUAUAUCUAUAUCUCGGGGUAUAUAUAUGGGACUGAUGGAAGAUUCAGAUGAUUAAAUGAGUGAUAUAAUAAUGGUAUAAUAAACCUGGCUGAGCAGGGAAGCCUCAGCUAGCCCUGAGGGUGUGAGAGCUUGCUGCUCAGAGGAAGGGAGGCUUAAACUGAAGACCUGCAGGAUGAGCGGGAAUUGCAGAGCUGGAAAGAGUGUUCUUGGCAGGGAUAACAGCAUGAGAGCACGGCAGGCUCAAAAAAGGGCAGCAGUUCCACAGCGAGAUGGGGCUGAGAGGCGGCAGCAGCCAGGUCGUGAAAGCCUUUGGAUCCCUCCUUAGGGGAAACAGGGCCACUGGAGGGUUUAAGUAGGGGAAUGGCGUAAUCAGUUUUGCUUUAGAAGCUUAGUUUCCUCUUUUGUACAAUGCCAACAGUAGCACAACCUGCACAGUGUUAGAGGACGUAAUGGAAUAGUGUGUGGUACUACUAACUUCACCAGCCUCUCUGUACAUUCCGCCAAAGUGUGUGGCUGUGUUUACAAACAGAUGUGGCAUCGCUAGGACCCUCAUUCCCUAAGGAGAGCCUCAUACAGAUACUGCAAGAAACCAUUUGGCCUGGAAUGCACAUAUGAUAUCUUUCUCUUUUCACUGGCAGCAGAUUUACCCACCUAAUUAUAUUUGGCAGAGGCUAAUAUUAAAAUUCAUCUGCAUUCCCUUGAACAGCUGCUGUCAGAAGGUUGCGGACUCAAACAUCUUGGCAAGCAAUGCUGAGACUAAAAUAUUUGCAGCAGAUAAUCUGUACGUGGACAAUUGAGAAAGGACCGUGGAUAUGUCAGGGCGAGCCUCCCGACUCCAGCAAGGAAGCUCUGGCUUGUGUUAAAUCUUACGUUGUAUUCACUGAGAACUUGCCAGGUAACUAGGCUAAGAGAGGGGUCUGCCAUGCAUUUGAAGCGUUAGUAAUUUCUGGUGUUCAGUGGGGCCGAUUUAGUUGUAAUUGUGUUUCAGAUUUGUCCCUUCUUUCCAAGUCUCAUGCACACCAGGCCUUUCUGGAUUGUGUUAAGAGAAGCUGGCAUUUGUUAGUAUUGUCCCAGGUUUGGAUUGUCACCUAAAUGUCAACUCCCCGCUUCCCCAGGGCACUUCCCAGUCUCCAUCAAGGCAGAAGGUAUGGCAUAUUCAAGAUAUAGGCACGCUUCCUGUGCCCACCCAUAGAAUGUGCUGCGUUUCAGCGGGCCUGGUGGAAUCUCUGCUCUUUGCACGUAUGGGAAGUGCUAGGCAUCGGGCACCCUGGGAGCAGAAGCCUAGAGGGCCCCAGAGCUCAUGAAACUUGCUUUCUGGCUGUGCAGAGGUGGAGGCUCCUGUGAAGCAAUCAGAAGGUCCCAGAUAGGACUGUACAGAAUAAAGUGCUAGACUGGGCAGCGGGAGACAGCACCUUGCCAGCUCUGGAUGCAUUCGGGCAAAUUAGAAAAAAGUGGCCCCUCCUGAAGACACAUUUCUGCCCUCUGUCCAAAGGAUGUCACAAGCAACACACGUAUCUAGAGUGUGGGUCACGUGGGUGGCACCCCUGUGGUUGUACAGUGCACAGCCUGCUUCUCGGAGCUGGUCUCCCAGUGACCCCAAGUGACUCCAGACCAAGGGGAAGAGCCCUGAGGAGCUCACCCGACGGGACUGUGAGGAGGGCGGGUCUGUUUUAUUUCACGGGCCUUCUUCUGCUGUUUGGGUGGUGCCAGCUGUCAGCAGCUUGGGCUGGGUGGGCCGUGCCAUCCCGCUCUCUGGGUCACUGCCAUUUGCCAGAGUAAACAGUCCCGAGUGACUGUGGCUCUCACAGCAGGCGGUCCCCAAGGAGCCUCCCAUUGGGCCCACGAGGAGGUGGGGAGGGGCGUCUAGACCCACGAUCAAAGUUGUCACCAUUCAGGUAUUUCCUCACUCUCUCCUUUCUCUCUCUCUUCCUCCCCACCCCUCCCUUUUUUUUUAAACUGGGGGAGGGGAGAGGGAAGAGACUGUCUUUGAUCUCAGCGGAGGAAAAAAGUCUGUUCUGUUCAGGCUUUUGGCUAACACAACAAACAGUGUUUAAAAUUUAACUUUGCUUAAUUAAUUAGUAAUUCUGUUUAAUGCUGUCUGAUCUCCCUCCAAAAGGUAUUUUGAAGCUUGAGAAGGGAACAUCAAAGGGAGCUGGGUGAAGAUGGUCAAGUAAUGCAUUUAAUCUGGCAGUUGCUGGGGGUGGAGAGCUGCCAGGCUGGGAGCUAAUAGGGAGAGAACCGUCAUUUGGUAAACACGGCAAGCCGACUCCUUGACUCCUCAUGGCUGUGGUGUGAGGGGGAACAGGGAGCAGAUUCCAAAGAGAAGGAGCUCCACAAACCACUACCACCCCCCAGAUUCAUAUGGGCUGACAAUAGGCUUUAAGAAAGCAGAGCUGAUAGUUUCUUUCUUCCAUGGUCACUGUACGGUUGGGCAGGUUGUGCACUGCACAAGGGUUUCCAGCCAAGUAGGCAAGUAAUAGGUGAAAUUGUCUGUGCCCUGCUCAUCAAGCACAUAUCCUGGUGGAGGUGGAGGGUGGCACACACCUAAAGCGGCGAUUGAUCCACAGACUUUUUCAUGAAAGGCCAAACAGUAUGUAUUUUAGGUUUUGUGGGCUCUGUUGCGACAGUUCAACUCUGCUGUCAUACACUGAAAGAAGCCAUGGACAAUGCAAAUGAGCAUGACCGACUCUCAAUAAAACUUUAUUGACAAAAACAGGCAGGGGGCCAGGUUUGGUUCACUGAGUGUAGUUUGCCACCUCCUGCUCUCAGUCACCCAAAAGUGCUCCUUAGGCAAGUGAAAGUCCUUUUUUCCCACCUGGUUCCCUGCCUUCCUUUUUUCUUCUAAAUGAGCAGUCUCCCCUACAGUUCCUCAGACUUUCAACUGAAGAGUGAUCAGCACCUCCUGAAAUUAGGUCCCCAGAAGAUCAUUUCCCAGGGGGAAGAAUGGCUGAGCUAAACAGGAAUUGGAGACAGAGAAUGGACUCAGACUGUGGUGCCAAAGCUGGUCUCAACAGAAAUAGCAUCACUGUAAUCCCCCUUGGCGGGCCUGGGCGGCCUGCGGCGAGCACCAGUCCCCAUCCCCGUCUCCCACCUCCAGUGAGCCUGUACUCAUUGAUGGCUGGAGAGUGGUUUCUUUUGCACAGGGCUCGCUGGGGGCCGUGGUAGCUUGACUUAAUUUGGUUUCAGAGAGUUCGUAUGUGGAGGAGGCCUGGCCCUUGACCCUGGCAUUGGAGUCUUUGUGGCCGGUUCUCUGCCACCUGUUCUACCUACUGGGCAAGGGACAGUAAGAGGGUGAAUGACCUCCUUUGGUGGGGAUAGAGAGUGCUGACUGUCCUCGUUCCUGACCCCCACAGCCCCAGGGCAGCACGGAUCACAGGCCCCAUGCUGGGAGGGGCCCCUGGCAGGUUCACUGACCGCUGGCUGACCUGUGGAUGUCCAGGUGUCUUUCUGAGCUGGGAUGGGAUGAGGGAGCCAUUGGUGAAGAGAGGACAAUCCGGGCCACACUGGUUUUUGGAGAAGAUGUAUGAGGGGUUGAGGGAGAUGUUUUCCAGCCCCUCAGUGGCCCUGCCUCCUGAGAAGACCGACGGGCUGGGCAGUGGAGAUGAGAAGAAGAUGGAGCGAGUGAGCCAACCCUGCCCGGGCUCCAAGAAGCAGCUGAAGUUUGAAGAGCUCCAGUGUGACGUGUCCGUGGAGGAGGACAGCCGGCAGGAGUGGACCUUCACCCUGUACGACUUUGACAACAAUGGCAAGGUCACCCGAGAGGACAUCACCAGCUUGCUGCACACCAUCUAUGAGGUGGUGGACUCCUCCGUCAACCACUCCCCAACAUCGAGCAAGAUGCUGCGGGUGAAGCUCACUGUGGCCCCCGAUGGCAGCCAGAGCAAGAGGAGCGUCCUUGUCAAUCAGGCCGACCUGCAGAGCACGAGGCCCCGAGCAGAGACCAAGCCCGCUGAGGAGCUGCGGAGCUGGGAGAAGAAGCAGCGAGCCCCACUCAGGUUCCAGGGUGACAGCCGCCUGGAGCAGUCUGGCUGCUACCACCAUUGCGUGGAUGAGAACAUCGAGAGGAGAAACCACUACUUAGAUCUCGCCGGGAUAGAAAACUACACCUCCCAGUUUGGGCCUGGCUCCCCUUCUGUGGCCCAGAAGUCAGAACUGCCCCCCCGCACCUCCAACCCCACUCGAUCUCGCUCCCAUGAGCCGGAAGCCAUCCACGUCCCACACCGAAAGCCCCAAGGCGCGGACCCAGGAUCCUUCCACUUCCUUGACACCCCAAUUGCCAAGGUCUCGGAGCUCCAGCAACGGCUCCGGGGCACACAGGACGGGAGCAAGCACUUUGUGAGGUCCCCCAAGGCCCAGGGCAAGAGCGUGAGUGUGGGCCACGUGGCCAGAGGGGCAAGAAACAAACCCCCUCUGGGACCCGCUGUCCCUGCGGUGUCCCCCUCCGCCCACCUGGCCGCCAGCCCAGCCCUCCUCCCCUCCCUGGCCCCCCUCGGGCACAAGAAGCACAAGCACCGAGCCAAGGAAAGCCUGCAGGGCUGCCGGGGCCUGCAGGCACCGCUGGCCCCAGGCGGCCCCGUCCUGGGGCGGGAGCACCUGCGGGAGCUGCCUGCCGUGGUGGUGUACGAGAGCCAGGCCGGGCAGCCCGUCCAGAGACACGAGCACCACCACCACCAUGAACACCACCACCAUUACCACCACUUCUACCAGACAUAGAGCCCCUCCCCAGGUCCCCACCCUGCCAUAUGAAGGACCCUGCCCCCAACACCCCAAGGCAUUAUUAUUCUAUUAAUUAUUGUUAUUAUGACGAUUAUUGUUAUUAAUAAUUAUUGUUACUCCACUAAUAUUUAGCUAGCCUUCAUGUAGAAGAUCUAUGGAAACACAGAACUAAACUUUUAUUUAUAUGUUGUGGGGACUGCAUAACUAGCCCAGGAAAUGACUCUGGUUUGGACUGGCCUGUAUGGGCAGAGGCCCCCUCAAGGCUCAGGAGCUGCAGCGUCAUCUGUGCGGAUCAGCCCAUACCCUUCCCAGAGCCAGGGAGCCCUCAGCCCCAACUCUGCCCCACCCCAGGCUCUUCCAGGAGGGUACCCUUCCCUGGCCCGGCUUCCAGAGACCCUCGAAAUCUCCGAGAAGAUAAACAGCUGCUACCUCUUAGUAUUAUCCUGAUUUUAUUUUGCCCUUAACUGAUUGUAAUGUGCUACAAGGGAUUUCAGUGGACUGCAGAAUGCGAACUUCUUGCUGUUGUGUUUUUAUGUCCCAACCUAGAAACCUUAGCUGUCUUUUCUGGAGCUGUCUUUCACGCUUUUCCAGUGGGAUCAAGCCCUUGCCCCCAAAGCAGUCCCAUCUCCUCUGCCAUGCACAACAUGAAUAUCCACUCCUUCUCCUCCUCCUCCUCUUCUUUAGAGCAGUACACAUGCACAUAUUUAAGGACUAUCCCUGAGACCAUCCUUCUCAUUUUGGAAACUGCUAGGGAGGAAACGAACUGCUUAAACAAGUGUGAUUUUCCAAGAUCCGGGCAAUUGUGUGCUGUUGGUUGUGGUGGAGGAUGUGGCAGAUGUAUAUGUACCUACACGGUUCUCUAACAGAGCUUUCUGUAUCUAUAGAUAGACGCCAUCUGCCCAUUUCUAUGUAUCUUUCUAUAAAUAUACACUCUCAGGUAUCUUUUCUGGUGUGUAGAAAUCAGUGGUUUGCUUCUCUGGACACUUCUGGAACCCAGAUGUAACCCUGCUUGUCUCCUUUUGGGGCUGGAGGGCUCUCAGAUGCUUUCAUCAGAGGUCCAUUCUCGGGUUUCCGGGUCUGACGGAUUUUGGAGAGAACUGCUGGGGUACAGAAGCUUGGAGGGAAAGGGGGUCUGUGGCCAUUUGGGACCCUGGAGCAGCGUCCUCUGCAGAGAAGGAUUUUGUCUGGCCACAGCCUGGAGAAACCUGAGAACCAGUCAGCUAGCCAGGGUCUCAGAGAAAAGCAGAUCACACACUCAAAUUGGAUAAUUUGAGCAGAGUUUUUAAUAAAGGCAAUAUUUACAAAGUGUGGCUAAGCCUCCCAUGAGAGGGCAGAACCCUGGAGCCAGCAGCGUGGGGUGCUACCCCCACCCCAGGCCUGAGUGGGGAAGGCGUUAUCUUUAGCAGACAGGAAUGCUGGAGGAGUGAGAGGGGCACCUAAGAGCUGGGACCUUUGCUCAAAGGAUGCAGCCAGUCAUGGGGACUCUCCAGGGAAAUUAACAUUCUGAGCUGCUUUCCUGCCCCCUCUCAAUCCAUUCGCUGAGGCUGCUAGAAGCCGCUGGGCCAAGGGAGCUUGUUGAUAUGGCUCACAUGGGCAUGUUCCCAGGUCAGAGAGGAGAGCGGAGAGUGAAUCUAGAGGGACACAAAAGAGAGAAGCGACUCCAGCUGCCUUUCUUUCUGCUGUUUUGUCUCGCAGCUGGGAUCCUCUUUUCCAGGGCUUCGAGUUUAGGUUUAAUGUAGUUAGUAAGGAGUUACUUCCAAAGGCAGUGGCUUAGUUGUCACCAUAUUAUUAAUUUUAUUAAUGACUGAUGUGCGUGGGAUUGGAUUAAUACAUUAAUCCUUAGGACAGCCCCAUGAAGCAGCUUGGUGGCAGCUCAGGGAGCUGAGGCUUAGAAGUUUGUAACUCCCUUGAGACCGCACAGGGGGCAGAGCUGGAUUCUGGUCUCCCACUUGCCAUUGGUGCAGGGCUUAAUCACGGCCACGUGCUUCCCUUGUUUUGGGUUGUGGGUUUCUGUUCAGUGAGAACUCAGCUCAGUCCAACGUGAACGAGACCAAGUUGGAAGGCAGGGAGGGAGCUGGCUUUGAGAUGACAGGGCCCAGGAUGUGAAUGCAGCUGAGACUGGUUCUUGUACCUCCCUCUUGUCCCCUGGAUUGAUACCUGUGCCCAAUUACAUGCUUGGUCAGGGAGCCCUGGCUGCUGGCAUUCUGGGUCCCCUAACCAUAGGAAAAGGAGCUUCCAUUAGUGUAAAGUCCGGGGCAGGAUUCUGAUUGUCUGGGCUUAGAUCUGGUACCCAUAGCUGAUCCAAUCAUGUGACUGCUGGGGUCACGUGGCCAACCUGCCACAAGAGGGUGGAGUCUGUACUGGAAGACAGGAGGGAAGGAGUGCAGAGCAGACAGGAAGUAAUGGUGUUCCAGACUCUGAAUUGCUGCAACCCUGGAGGCCAGCUGGGAGUUGGGACGACUGGUUUUAGAACAGUUCUUUUGCCUCCCUAAGUUCCGCACCUGUCAGGAUUCUGUUACUUCUUGGUAACUGGGACUUGCCCAACUUUAAAAACAUUAUUUUAAAAAAAGUAAUGUGCACAUGUAAAAGAUUCAAAUAGUACACAGGUGUACAGUCAAAAGUAAAAUUUCCUCCAUCCCAGGCCCACCAGCACCCCUGAUGCCAGCUUUCUGGGUGUGGUCUAGGGCCUCAGUGUAGUGUGGGGGUUGUGAGCACAGACUUUGGCGCCAGCUUGCUGGGUUCAAAUGCUGUCUCCCUCUUUGUAGCUCUGUGCUUCAAGUGAAAUACUGUGCCUCAGUUUCUCCUUUAUAAAGGUGGGGCUCACGACAGUGCCUGGCCUGUGUGAGAACUAUGAGGGUGUUAGCUGUUCUUUACCAGAAUAAAUACAUUUAUAUAUCUCCCAUA